AGAUUGAAAAGUUGAAAGAAUCAUUCAUGUCCAAGCUUGAAGAAUUAUCAACCAAGAUGGCACAUAUGCAAGCUAACUUUGAUAGUCAUUCUAGCUUAGGCAACCAUUCUAGAGUCAAUACAAUAGAAGUUGAGGCCCCAAUUGACACUGCCCCAGAAGUUGAGGCACCGAUGGACACUACUCCAGAUGUUGAGGCACCAAUUGACACUACUCCAGAAGUUGAGGUACUGAUGGACCCUACUCCAGGAGUUGAGGCACCUGUUGACACUAGUACUUUGUAUGAGACACCUACACCUUCACCUUCUAUUCAUCCUGAGCCACUAAAGAAAGAUGUUAAGUGCAAAUUAUACAUUGAACAAGGUGGUGAUGUUGUGGCUCUUGGACGGGUGGUGGCUACCAAAGGCAAUGUACAUGGGAAAAGUUUAGCACCUGGUAACUAUCGCGUGGUUGUUGAUAGAUGUCUAGAUGGGAGUGCAAAACUACCAGUCUGAGUUGGGGAUGAGAUGACUCUUGUGGUUCAUGCAGUCAACAGUUAUGUUGCUUGGCCAUCGCAUCUGAUCAUUACUUAUGAUCAUGAACAGGAACCCAAGAGACUAAAGAGAAAGAGGAUUUCAGCAGCUUGUCCGCCAACACAAGACCUAAAACAUCCUCUAC